AUGCUCUUACUCACUAAGAUUGUCUUGGCUGGACCUAUCGGCUAUGGUAUCUGCCAAACAAGCUGCUCUGCAUUUGUAAUGGCCUGCUACUCUGCUACAGGCUUCACCUGGGGAGCUACCCUGGCUGCUACUGCUCCUGCAUCGAUUCUUGUGUGCAAUGCGGCAUACGGCACCUGUCAGACUGCAUGUGCCACGGUGUUACUGGGUCCGACUCUAUGA